AUGGCGGACACUUUAAGGAGAUUGACCAACACAUCUUCCUUCAGCGUCUUGCAGGACAAGCUCGAGAGCUGGCACAAAGACUACCACAUAAUUUCCUGUGACCAGAAUCUGAAUAGAUGUUGUGAGCUCAUUGAACUCACCGCCAAGAUCCAGGGCCAGCUGUUUACCAUUCUUAACCACACAGCUGCGGAAGGCGGUCAUUAUGCUGGAGUGGACACUCUUAAAACGCGCCUGUUACCGUGGCUUGGGACUUGUUUCUCAAUGGCGAGGUCUUCCGUCUCUGACGACACCAGCCUGCAGCUCAUCCAGGAUUCAGCAGAAAAGGAGAGAAAGAUCAAGGAGCUCUCUGUCUGCCAUGAAAGUGACAUGCAGGCGAUGGAGACUCAGCUGUGUUCCACUCGCCUUCAACUGGAGUCAGUCAGAGCAGAACUGAUGGACGCGCAGAGGGAGCUGGAUGAUACAAAGAGCAAAUCAACGACCACGCUGCUCGCCACUGAAGACGAAAUCCUACAGCUAAAAGCAGAUUUGCGCUCCGCACACGAGCAAGUGGACAUUUAUAAGAGGAAGAUGGAUGAUUUGGAUGAUUAUGAGAGGCAGAUCCGCUUGUUGAGAGAUGAGGUGUCUUAUCUGAGCACAGAGAAGGCCAUGCUGCAGGAGAGGUUGGUGAGAAGUCGCUCUCCAAGCCCCUUGCCCAGGCUCAGCCGCUCGUCCAGUCCUGUGAGAAGCGAGUCACCCACCAGAGCCCAGCUCACUAACUCCUCCCGCCAUGCUCGCCUGGUGUCACGCUUUAGCGACCUUUACGCUGUGGAGCGAGUGAAGGCCCAGACUCUGCUUCGACGCUACAUCGGGGACUUGGAAAUGGUCCAGAAAAUCAUCUUCAUUGCCGUUGUGGAAUCCUUCCAAACGGCAAAACUGGCCUUCCGCCAAUUCAAGUUGCGAGUGAGAAAGACGCUGUCCCUAAGCCACAUUGGACCAGAGAGUCUCGAGGAUGCGGCUCUGGACUACAUCGUCAGAAACCUGGACCUCUAUGAUGUUCAAGCUAGCGUCAAUGAGGUGAUCAACGCUAUGAAUGUGAACCCUCGGAUCUCCUACCCGCCAGAAGUGGACUUUUUCCUCAUCAGUGCCUUGAUCAGGGAGACGUGCAGGGUGGCGUUCGCCAUGCAGACUCUGGACCCUCCCCUGGAUUUGGCCUUUGCAAGUGAUGGAGAACUAUACAAUGAGAGCAAGUACCGUCAGAGCUAUGACUCUGAGUUCAAUGCUCCUCUGGUGAUGUACCAUGUGUGGCCAGCCCUGGUGGAAGGAAACAUUGUCAUUUUAAAAGGCGAAGCGGUGACCAGAAGAAACGCUCUGUGGAGCCACAGCAGGACCAGGAGCGUCAGCCCCGUGCGCUCUCGAUCUCUCAGCCCCAAUCGCAGUCUUGCAUAUAGGAGCAAGAGAAGCCUUUCUCCUGAACGUCUCACUGCAAGGCACCUGUAA